UCUCCCGGAUUGCUCCCACCCCAUAAAUACCCACACACAGAGGCAGGAUCAUCCCGAAGCACGCACACACACCAUGGGGCGCCUGGACCUGGCUGUCUUAGGCCUCACCUGCUGCUUGGCAGGAGUGAGCGCAGCAAAGCUGGGCGUGGUGCACACAGAAGGGGGCUUCGUGGAGGGCGUCAACAAGAAGCUCGGCCUCCUGGGCAUCGGCGGCCGCUCUGUGGACAUCUUCAAGGGCAUCCCCUUCGCCGCCCCACCCCAGGCCCUGGAGAAACCACAGCGGCACCCCGGCUGGCAAGGGACCCUGAAGGCCAAGGACUUCAAGCAGGAAUGCCUGCAACUCACUCUCACCCAGGACAACACCGAGGGCUCCGAGGACUGCCUCUACCUCAACAUCUGGGUCCCCCAGGGCCAGGAGGAAGUUUCACAGAACCUGCCUGUCAUGAUCUGGGUCUUUGGAGGAGCCUUCAUCUUUGGAUCCGGCCAAGGGUUAAACUUCUUCAGUGACUACCAGUAUGAAGGGGAGGAGAUCGCCACUCGGGGCAACGUCAUCGUGGUCACCUUCAACUACCGCCUUGGGCCGCUGGGCUUCCUCAGCACUGGGGACGCCCACCUGCCAGGUAACUACGGCCUCUGGGACCAGCACAUGGCCAUCGCGUGGGUGAAGAGGAACAUUGCGGCCUUCGGGGGGGACCCCGACAACAUCACCAUCUUUGGGCAAUCAGCCGGAAGUGUCAGCGUCUCUCUGCAGACCCUCUCUCCCUACAACAAGGGCCUCAUCCGGCGAGCCAUCAGCGAGAGUGGCGUGGCACUGGCCCCCUGGGCCAUCCAGAAGGACCCUCUCUCCUGGGCCAAGAGGGGCGCAAAAGAGGUGGGCUGCCCCCUGGACAAUGUCGCCAGGAUGGCCAAGUGUCUGAAGGUCACCGACCCCCGGGCCCUGACACUGGCCUAUAAGAUGCCCCCACCAGUCAUGGAGUCCUCCUUGUUGGGCCUCCUGCCUGUCAUGGAUGGAGACUUCAUCCCCGACGACCCCAUGAACCUUUUUGCCAACGCGGCCGAUGUCGACUACAUCGCUGGCACCAACAACAUGGAUGGCCACCUCUUUGCCAUCCAAGUCAUGCCCGCCAUUGACAAGGACAAGCAGACCGUCACGGGGGAGGACUUCUACAAGCUGGUCAGCCAAGUCACCAUGGCCAAGGGGCCCAGAGGAGCCAACGCCACCUUUGACCUCUACACGGCGUCCUGGGCCCAGGACUCCUCCCAGGAGACCAAGAAGAAGACGGUGGUGGACUUCGUGACUGACGUCCUGUUCCUGAUGCCCACGAAGAUGGCCGUGGCCCAGCACAGAGCCAACGCCAAGAGUGCCCGGACCUACACCUACCUGUUCUCCCACCCCUCUCGCAAUCCAUUCUACCCCAACUGGGUGGGCGCCGACCACGCCGAUGACCUCCCUUAUGUGUUUGGGAAGCCUUUCGACAACCCCCUGAUCUACCGGCCCCAAGACAGGACUGUCUCCCGAACCAUGAUCGCCUACUGGACCAACUUUGCCAGGACUGGGGACCCCAACAAGGGCCCCUUGGCUGUGCCCACCCAGUGGGAGCCCUACACCCAGGAAAAUGGCAACUACCUGGAGAUUAACAAGAAGAUGGACGGCCAAUCCCUGAAGCAGCACCUGAGGAGCAGCUACCUGCAGUACUGGACCCAGACCUACCAGGCCCUGCCCACCGUGAGAGAGACGGGGCUGCCCCCUUCGGAUGACCCUAAGGCCAUUCCCGUGCCUCCCAUGGGCGACUCUUUGGCUCCCCCAUAG